AUGUCUAACAAACAAACGGAUAUUAAGACAAAAGAUGAAGUAGUCCAGAUAGAGAGAUGUACAACAGAAACUUAUCAAUUAAUGAAAAAAAUUAUACCAAAUUAUAAAAAAUUAGCUGAUGCAUGUGAAGGAUAUUUUAAGGCACAACUUGUAAUGAUUAAAGCUACUGACACACUUUAUAAUUGUCUUGAAGCGAUGGCUGAUACUUCAUUAGAAGAAGGAGGUCAACAAACUCAUCCAGACCUUCAAGUUGGAGUAAAAAAUAUGUCUAAUGUAUUAAAGAUGUGGAAAGAAAAUUUGAUGUCUGUAUGUGAUGAAUUUAGAAGUACUUGCUCUUGUAUUAGAGGAGAUGUUACUACUUUCCCAAAAGAAAUUGAAGCUAAAGAAAAAGAAUAUAAAAGUCAAAAGAAAAAAGAAGUAGAUGAAGUGUCUAAAGUUGAAAAGAAAUUAAGCUCUGUUAGUAAAAAUACAAAGCUUCAAGCAAAAGACCCAAAAGCCUUGGCUGAUGCCAUUACUGCUGUUACUAAAAAAGAAAGUGAAUAUCAACAUUUCCUUAUGAAUGGAUUAAAAGACUCACUUUCAAUGUUUAGAGGAACUUAUGGUCAAUUAUUUGAAUGUUUUAGAAAGUUAUUUAUUUGUAAAACUGAUACUGAUAAUAAGUCUCAAUUAAUUAUUUCAGCUAAUAUGGAGGAUAUGCAAAAAUUAAUUAAGACAUCUAAAGGACUUCCACAAAAAUAUAGAAGUUUAGUUACUAUGAAGAAACAAUCAAUGAUUAAUACUACUUGGUUGUCACCUGAAUUGAAAGAAAUUUUGAAAGCUGCUGGUGUGAAACCAAAACAUCUUGCUGACCCUACUAUUGUUGAAACUUUGAUUCAAACCGUCAAACAAGCCGUCCAACAAGGAACUGUUCCAAAAGACUUACUUGACCAAUUAGAAGCAUCAAGAGCAAAUAAAGAAGAUAAAUUAAGUAAAGUUAUUGAAGUAGAAGACAUCGUUGUACCAGACCGUAGACCACCACCUACUCCUAUUGCUCGUUCUAGUCCACGUACAGCUGCUCCUACAACUCCAACCGUUGCUACUGCUCCAGUACCAGCUGCUCCAGCUGAUAUUCCACCACCUCCACCAACUGCUCCAAUGAUGGAUAAUAUCCCACCACCCCCAGUAGCUCCUGCUAUUGGUAAUCCACCACCACCUCCUCCAAUUGCACCUCCCAAACAAGCUGGAAACCCACCACCUCCUCCUCCUAUAAGAUCAACCAACUCAGCUGGUAACCCACCACCACCACCUCCAGCAAGACAAACUGCUGCACCAGCACCAGCAAAUGGAAAUUUGUUAGCUGAUAUUAGAAGUGGUAUUACUCUUAGAUCAGCUGCUGAUAGAAAAUUAGACACUGCCGCACCUGUUGUUAGUGAUGCAGGAAAACAAGAUUUGACCUCUAUGCUCAGAAAAGCUAUGGAAGUAAGAAGGAAUGAUAUUGCUGAUGAUGAGGACGACGAUGAUGAUGACGAUGAUGAAUGGAGUGAUUAA